CAUGGCGCCCUGUCCUUAGUUCUUUGGGGAGUGUCCCUCGGCUCUCUAGUCCUCCUUGCGGGACCUGUGCCGGCCGCGGGCUGCGUGGGAAGGACCCUGGGACUCCGGGACGCCGCGCGAUGGAGGCCGUGACCUUCGAGGAUGUGGCUGUGAACUUCUCCAGGGCGGAGUGGGCUUUGCUGGAUCCAUCCCAGAAGAAGCUCUACAGAGAUGUGAUGUGGGAAACCUUUAGGAACCUGGCUGCCGUCGGAAGAAACUCAGAUGACCAGCAAAUUGAAGAGAAGUACAGAAAUUACAGGAGAUAUCUAAGAACUGAAGAGUUAGACCAAUCCUGUCAAUAUACAUUAUGGUAUCAACAUGGAGAAAUGGUUUCUCAGGCUCCAGAUACAAAUGUGCCCAUAAAAGUCAUUGGUACAAACCCAGGUGAAAGUCCUUCGUCAGCAGAUGGGCCCACCAUGGCUAACAGUGUGCUCAAACCACAUGAGCAGAAGGGAUUUCAAGAGAAGCUGUCUGCCUGUAACAAGCGUGGCAAGGUCUGCACAAAAUUCCAGUUUUUUCAGAAAUAUACAAAGAUAUGUCCUGGGGAGAAACCCCAUAAAUAUAUGCCAUCUGCAAAAUCCUAUGUUGACCCCGCUGAAGAAAGUACCACUGCAGAGAACCCAGAUGUCAAAUCACUCAUUACGCCCAACGAUGUUCAAAUGGAGCAAAAACGUCCCAGUAAAUUGAAUAUGUAUAUGUGUGCACCAUGGGGAAAAACUUUUACUUCUCACCAUGACAUUCAGACGCAUCAGAAAGCUCACUCUGGAGAAAAAACCCAGGUAUAUAAACACUAUGGAAAAUCCUUCACUAACAAUUCCUUGGGUAAUCAUGGAAGAAGCCACAAGGGGGAGAAACCCUAUGUAUGUAACCAAUGUGGGAAAGCCUUCAGCAGAAAAGACAAUUGCCAAAUGCAUGAAUGGACUCACACUGGGGAGAAACCCUAUGUGUGUAAGCAGUGUGGGAAAGCUUUUAGUACUCAUUACAGUUGUCAAAUUCAUGAACGAAUUCACUCUGGGGAGAAACCCUACAUAUGUGAGCAGUGUGGGAAAGCUUUCGGCAGAAAAGAUAAUUGGCAAAUGCAUGAACGGACUCACACUGGAGAGAAACCCUAUGUGUGUAACCAGUGUGGGAAAGCCUUCAGUAGACAAGAUAAUUGUCAAGAACAUGAAAGAACCCACAGUGGAGAGAAACCCUAUGUAUGUAAGCAGUGUGGGAAAGCUUUUAGAUCACACAGAAAUUGCCAAAGACAUGUACAGACUCACUCUGAAGAGAAACCCUAUGUAUGUAAGCAGUGUGGAAAAGCUUUUGUCAGACACAGAGAUUGUGAAACACAUGAACGGACUCACACUGGGGAGAAACCCUAUAUAUGUAAGCAAUGUGGGAAAGCUUUCAGCACUCGUGGUGUUUGUCAAAAGCACGAACGGACUCACACUGGGGAGAAACCGUAUGUAUGUAAUCAUUGUGGGAAAGCGUUCAGCAGACAAGACUGUUGUCAAGAACAUGAAAGGAUACACAGUGGGGACAAACCCUAUGUAUGUAAGCAGUGUGGGAAAGGUUUCAUUACAUAUCACAAGUGUCAAAUACAUGAAAGAAUUCACACUGGGGAAAAACCCUAUGCAUGUAAGCUGUGUGGAAAAGCUUUCAGGACAAGUGGUAUAUGUCAGACUCAUGAACAGACUCACACAGGGGAGAAACCCUAUGUAUGUACGCAAUGUGGGAAAGCCUUCAGCAGAAAGGUUGGUUGGCAGAUACAUGAAAGGACUCACACAGGCGAGAAGCCCUAUGCGUGUAAGCAGUGUGGCAAAGCUUUCAGCACAAGUGCUGUGUGUCAGAAUCAUGAAUGGAGUCACACUGGAGAGAAACCCUAUGUAUGUCAGCAAUGUGGGAAAGCCUUCAGUAGACAGUAUAAUUGUCAAGAACAUGAAAGAACUCAUACAGGAGAGAAACCGUACGUGUGUAAGUACUGUGGGAAAGCUUUCAGCAGAAAAGCAGUUCGGAAAAUACAUGAAAGGAUUCAUACUGGGGAGAAACCUUAUGUAUGUAAGCAGUGUGGGAAAGCCUUUGUCAGACACAGAGAUUGUGAAACACAUGUGUGGACUCACAUGGAAGAGAAACCCUAUGUAUGUAAGCAGUGUGGGAAAGCCUUUGUCAGACACAGAGAUUACGAAACACAUGUACGGAUUCACACUGGGGAGAAACCUUAUGUAUGUAAACAAUGUGGGAAAGCCUUCAGCACAGGUCGUGUUUGUCAGCAGCACGAACGUACUCACAUUGGAGAGAAACCCUAUGUGUGUAACCAAUGUGGGAAAGCCUUCAGCAGACAAUACACUUGUCAAGAACAUGAAAGAACCCACAGUGGAGAGAAACCCCAUGUAUGUCAGCAGUGCGGGAAAGCUUUCAGAUUACGCAGACAUUAUCAAAGACACGUACAGACGCAUCGUGGGGAGAAACAGUAUAUAUGUAAGCAAUGUGGGAAAGCCUUUAGCGCACACAGAGAUUGUCAAGAACAUGAGAGGACUCACACUCCGGGAGAAAUCCUAUGUAUGUAAAUCAUGUGGGGAAACUCACCACAUUGUGUUUGACAAAGUAAUGGAAGAAGUCACUGGCGAAUAAACACACAUAUGUAAUCAAUGUCAAA